UACUCCUCUGUUACUUUACAUUCUAUAUGUUCACAACAAUUGCGCAAUAUUGCGAGGAGAGAGAACUCGACGUGAUUUCUAACAAGGUCAUAUCGUUGUAGCUUGCGAACAUGGGCCAUCAACUUCUGCAAACGUCUUUGCUCUUAUUAAGUUUGUUUAUAUCCUCAGGACAAUGCGAGCUCCAUUUGAAACUGGUUCAAGUGCUAAUGAGACAUGGAGAACGAACGCCAUUAUUUAAAGAAAUGUAUCCUAACGAUCCAUAUAAUAUAUCGAUUUACGAGCCUUGGGGACUUAGCCAAUUAACAAAUAAAGGAAAGCUGACGGAAUAUCGAAUCGGUACAAUGUUGAGGCAACGUUACAACAACUUUCUAGGAGCAAUCUAUCAUCCACGAGAUAUUUAUGCUGUGAGCACGGAUACUGAUCGUACAAAAAUGUCUCUACAAUUGAUGUUAGCAGGACUGUAUCCUCCAGACACAACACAAUUAUGGAAUCCGGAUUUACCAUGGCUCGCUAUUCCCAUUCAUUAUGUGCCUAAAAAAGUAGACAUAUUAUUACAACCUCAUAAUUGUCCAGUGUACAAAGCAACUGUAGCAGAAACAAAGCAGAUGAAAGAGAUUCGCGAUAAAAUUGCAGUUUAUGAAGACUUGUACGAAUUUGUGAGUGAAAAAACUGGAUUAACCGCUGAAGAGCUGUUAAAUCUUUACAAUUUGUUAACAGCACAGAAAAACAUGAAUCUAACUCUGCCAGAGUGGUGCACCAAUGAAGUCUAUCGACGAAUGCAGGACGUAAUCUUGCUAGAAUAUGAAAUCCGCUCAUACACGAAUCAGCUGAAGCGAUUGAACGGUGGUAUGUUGAUAAAAAAAUUUAUCGACAACAUAAAUAGAGGUUCAAGUCGCAAGAUGUAUGUAUAUAGUGGCCAUGAGGUGAAUCUCGCGGCGUUCGCUAGGGCCCAUAAUAUCAGCGAACUGAAAUUACCAGAUUACGGAUCGGCAUUUGUAUUUGAAAAGUUGCAGGAUGAUUUUGGCAAACUUUAUGUCAGGAUUUUCCUCUGGACAGGCACUACAGAAAAGUUAAUGGCUAUCAAGUUGGUAGAAUGCAACGAAACUUGCUCCCUGGAAACCUAUUUAGAACUUGUGCAAGAUGUAAUACCUUCGGACAAGGAGGUAACUUGCCUUUGGGACAAUAUAACCAAAGAAGAACUGCUAGAAUUGUUUGCUGAGAAGCUUGAGUUUAAUUAAUAAAAUUUUGUAUCUGGAUUGGAUAAAGUAAAGGUAGCAGGAUAUUUUGUAUUUGCGUAAUCUGAAGUCUGUCUCUUGUCACAAACCAAUUCCUCGUCAGAUGGAAUUAAAUUCCGAAUUAGAUACGAAAACUUUUUAAAAGGACAGAGUGUUUUGCAACCUGGGAUUGUAAGUUCAUCGAUAAUGGAUGGAAUGCCUCGAUAAUGUAAAAGCUGUAAAAUAAAAAUACGUCGCAUAAAUAA